CCAGCCCUUUAAUCGAUCCCUGAUAACAGGAUACGAUCAGUAACUCGGUGUUUUAUUUUUCAACGCAUGCGCACUACUGGUUCUUCCUUUCCGCUAGCUUCUCAGCCAUGGCGCCUAUUCAGAAGAAGCAGAACACCGGCAAAGGUGGGAAGAAGAAGAAGCAGGUGCUGAAGUUCACUCUGGACUGCACCCAUCCUGUUGAAGAUGGCAUCAUGGACGCUGCUAACUUUGAGCAGUUCCUGCAGGAGCGCAUCAAGGUGAACGGGAAAGCUGGCAACCUGGGCGGGGGCGUGGUGUCCAUCGAGAGGAGCAAGAGCAAGAUCACAGUUUCCUCUGAGGUCCCUUUCUCUAAGAGAUACCUGAAGUAUCUGACAAAGAAGUACCUGAAGAAGAACAAUCUUCGUGACUGGCUGCGCGUCGUCGCCAACACCAAGGAGAGCUACGAGCUACGCUACUUCCAGAUCAAUCAGGAUGAAGAGGAGGAGGAGGAUGAAGAUUAAAUUGGCAUUUUGUAGGUUUAAAUAAAUUUUGUUUACAGUACAAAA